AUGCGCAACGUCGCGUACAAACAACGCAUUGCCAAGUACUAUGACUCCCAGGUCAAACCCCGUGCUUUCAAGAUUGGGGACUGGGUUAUGCGCAAGGUUUCCUUGGCCACCAAGAACCCUAUUGAAGGUACCUUAGGCCGUACAUGGGAAGGUCCUUAUGAGGUUACUAAAGUCUGCUGA